AUGUCGUUUUUAUGUAUCAACUGCUAUACAUCUCAAUAUAAUGAAGUCCAAAACGAUACCAGCAUAAAGCCACUGAGUAGAAACGAGGAACUUGCCAAAAUAGAGAUUUCAACUUUGGCAGUUCUGUUAUAUUUUUCAUUAUUUGGAAACACAGUCGUACUUUUCGUAUUAAAGUUCAAAUGCAAUACUUUAACAAGAAUGCAAUGGUUCAUUUUUCAUUUGUGUAUAGCUGACCUUUCAAUGGGAUUCUUUAACCUAUUACCACAAAUGGCAUGGGACAUAACCUAUCGUUUCCAAGGAAACGAUUUCCUUUGUAAAUUUGUUAAAUAUUUUCAAGUCGUUGCCAUGUAUGCCUCUUCGUAUGUUUUAGUGACGACAGCCAUUGAUAGAUACGUUUCUAUUUGUUACCCGAUCACAAGCCAAACUUGGACAAAUAAACGUAUUCAUUGUAUGAUAUCACUGGCUUGGAUUAUGUCUCUGUUAUGCGCAGUUCCACAGUUGGUUUUAUUUUCGUAUCAGGAAACUGAGCCCGGAAGUGACGUGUACGAUUGCUGGGAGAACCUUAGUACUGGACCUAUAUGGAAGCUGCAGAUUUAUGUCACGUGGAUAUUUGUGUCUAUUUACUUUGUUCCAUUCUGUAUAUUAACAGCUGCCUAUUCAAGAAUAUGUUACGUUGUGUGGAUCAGUGUGGGAUCUAGCUCUAACCUUCCCGAUACAAAACGAUAUCCCAGAAAAAUAUCCUUCAAUAAAACAUACUCCGUUCGUGAUUCGAACGCUGAAAAUGCUAUUAAUAAACCACGAGUCCAUCGAAAAGCCGUAUCUAAUUCCAAGCUUAAGACCAUCAAGCUGACACUUGCUGUUAUACUCUGUUACCUGUUUUGUUGGGGACCAUUCUUUAUUGCACAGAUGUGGUCAGCUUAUGAUUUCAACGCACCAUUUACUCAUUCUGCUAUGGUGGUAAUUUUAUUAUUGUCGGGAUUAAACAGUUGUGUCAAUCCAUGGUUAUUUUUAGCGUUUAGUGGACGGAUGUGUACCAAGGUAAAACUUUCAUCUCGCCAGUCAGCGUAUACCUUCACAACUGGAACGGAAUCGGAUGGGCGCUACAGAAGUCCCUCAUUAAAAGAAGGCAACUCAGCCAUUGUGAAAUUAAAUCCAUCAAGAAACGGCAGUAACUUAUUGGUUCGAAACUCUAGAUUUUAA